AUGUUCCAAAUCAAGUUACUUUGUGUUGUAGGGCUGGCGAUUGGCGCUAGUGGGCUGCAAGAGUUCAUCUUGCCUCAAGCGUAAGUUAUGCUAAAAUAGGAAGGGCCUAGUGAUAGCCGCAAGCGCAUUAGAGCUCUGGUUCAUAGUGGAACCGGUUUUAACUCUAUAAAAUCAAACCUCUGUGCAACGAAUCGUAAAAAAGCCAAAAGAAAAGUUGGUUAUAGGGACGUUUGUUGUGCGGAGCUUCAUUUCGGCCAAAACUCGACCAUUGGGAACUCUAAAAUCGUUCGUUAUAGACAGGUUCUGCUGUAUUGACGCAGGGGUUUCACCGUAGUCGGCUUACAUUAUUAUGUAUAAUCCUAUAAAAAAUUCCCUCUCAUCUCAAACUUUUAGUCUCCCCGACAAAAUAACGCUGAAACGCAACUUUAUUCUGGAUACCACUUCUUCCGACAGUUUCGUCCUCCAUUCGCAACCCUAUGCGAAGAUUGCGGGUCGUUCGUCGACAUACAAUCCCGGAGAGUCAACCUCAUCCAAACACAUCGGCUAUGGCGAAGGAGUCUAUCACAAUGAGACAAGGAAUGCGCAAGCGUUUGGGAGACUCAUCGAAGACAGAUUUUCGCUCUAUGACUUUACCAGAGGUCGUUUUUAUGCCGCGACUGAACUAAAAGGCGGUUUCAAUCCAGCUCUUGCUCUGAACGGCUCAUGGAGGGCUGGUCGGCUUGGGUUUGGGCGAGGAGAGAGCUUGACAACGCUGUCCAAGAAGCUGGUCGAGUCCGGAAAGCACGCCACUGUAUGCGCUGAAGCCUUUAGAAACUCAUGUGGACAGUAAGUAGCCAAGUCUGGGCGUUUUUUGUGGGCUUAAAGUUCCUUCAAGGGCAUUAUUGUCUAUAAAAUCCGAAAUAUGACUCUAUAGAGCUUUAAUUUUUAGUUACGAACAGUCAGCCAAAGUUGGAGUUGACCUCAGCUCUCUGAGCGGCACAUCGAAGGUUAGAGCGAUUCCCGACAAGUCCUUGUGGAAGAUCCCAGUCAGCUCUAUUCUCAUCAACGGAUCAAGACAUUCGCUCACAGGGAAGGCAGUCAUCUCCACCGUCACUGACAAAAUUAUUUUGCCUGCCCGAUACGAACACCUUCUCGUCAAUGUCUUGGGCGCAACCAAGGUCGGCAACCGCUAUGAGGUCGAUUGUGAGGCCGCAAAUGAAGUCUCGAUUGUCAGCGACGGCCAAACAUUGAGCUUGGAUUAUGCUGCACUUUACGAGGAGAAAAAAUGCGCGUGCUUCUUGAAGAUUGAAACCGGUAACAAUGACGACUUGGUCCUUGGAUUGCCGCUAUUUGCUGGAAGAGGAGUCUGUCUGGACUUUCAGGACAAAAACGUGGUCUUCUACAAGGAGCGGAAAGAACAGUGA